GGGCACCGCCCAGGGCUGCCAUGGACGAUCUGGACGCUCUGCUGGCAGAGCUGGAGGCCUGCAGCUGCCUCCUGCCUCGCUGCCCUCUGCUGCUCGUGGACCCCCCCGCGGGGGGACCCCAACCCGCGGGGACCACCCAGGAACAAACCCACGCGAGGAGGAACCCACCCGCGGGGUCCACGCCCCCCCCCCCCCGCUGUGCCAGCAGAAGCCACAGAGCAGCUCUACAGUACGGUACAGAGAAGCCCCCCCCCGAAAAUGCCCCCCCCGGGGCUGGGGGAACUCGAAAGGCUCCUGCGGGAGCUCAGCACCACCCACGGCAGCAUCGCAGACGAGCUCCUGGCCCAGUUCCCCCCCUUAAAGCCUCCGGGGGGGGCUGAGGAGGACCCCAAAGACCCCAAACUUGGGGCCCCCCC